CAUGAUCGUCGUCCAUGACCAUGGAAAGCAUAUCGAACCUCAUACCGUUCAGGCUCUAUGUGCCUGGAUUGAUAAAGGCCUAAGACCAUUUUUCAACCUGGCGAGGAAGCUGAACAGAAACGACUUGAAACUAAUCAAACACAAUGAACCUCAACGCGAACAGAUUGGUGCGCAAAUUUCCGGACGCCACGACAAAAUGAUCGAAAAGAUCUCGAAGGACAAGUACCUGGAAUAUCACAAAGGCCGAAUGGACGACGAAGACUCGACAGACGAAGACAUGCCAGACGACUACAGCGCUGAAGAGGAAUCUGAGGAUGAAGAUGAUGGUACGGAAGAAUGAUCGCUUGAUCGAGCGUCUCAAUUGAAGUAGCGCAUCACUCAAGAGAAACGAUCACCUCUCUCAUCCAUGCCGAAAUAAAUAUGGAGGCGCUACCAGAUCUCACGCCGACUAGCGACUUUUCCAUGUCCUCUGCAGAUGGCACACAACGGCCGAUUGAGACGACCGCCGU